AUGCACAUAAAACAGGUUAUUAUUCAGGGAUUUAAAAGCUAUCGAGAACAGACGGUUGUAGAACCGUUUGAUAAACGACAUAACGUCGUUGUCGGACGCAACGGGUCUGGUAAAAGCAAUUUCUUCUAUGCGAUACAAUUUGUACUUAGUGAUGAAUUCACGCACCUUCGGCCUGAACAGAGACAGGCUCUACUGCAUGAGGGAACAGGCCCUCGAGCUAUGUCUGCUUACGUAGAAAUAAUCUUUGAUAAUUCCGACAAUCGCGUCCCGAUUGACAAAGAAGAGAUUUUCUUGCGCCGUGUUAUUGGCGCCAAAAAAGAUCAGUAUUUUCUAAACAAGAAGGUGGUACCACGCUCGGAGGUGGUCAACCUGCUCGAAUCGGCGGGAUUCUCCAACUCCAACCCGUACUACAUCGUGAAGCAGGGUAAGAUCAAUCAAAUGGCAACGGCUCCCGAUUCCCAUCGUCUGAAGCUGUUGCGGGAAGUCGCCGGAACACGCGUUUAUGAUGAGCGUAAAGAGGAAUCCAUGAAUCUGCUGCGCGAAAGUGAGGGCAAGCUGGAAAAGAUAUCCGAGUACCUGCGGACAAUCGAGGACCGAUUAAAGACCCUGGAAGAGGAGAAAGAAGAGCUAUCGGAGUAUCAGAAGUGGGACAAAGCUCGCCGAACGCUAGAGUAUGUCAUCUAUGAAACGGAACUGAAGGACACGCGGAAGCAGCUAGAAGAUUUGGAUGUGAUGCGUAAGUCAUCGGGUGACAAGCAGAAGCUGCUUACUCAAGACAUUCAGAAAGCGCAGGAACGGCUGAAAAACGCCCAAAAGGCUCUGAAGGAUGCGAAAAAGGAUGUUGUGACGGCAAAGGACGAAAAGUCGGUGUUAGCUACCGAGCACCAGCAACUGCUACGCGAGAAAACGAAGUUGGAUUUAACGAUUUCAGAUUUGUCCGACGAGGUGCAAGGUGACAAUAAGUCGAAAGAGCGAGCUGAGCAGGAGUUGAACCGCCUAAAGGUUACAAUCGCGGAAAAGGAGAAGGAGCUGGAACAGGUGCGCCCGCGGUACGAGGCAAUGCGACGGAAAGAAGAGGAGUGUUCUCGCGAGCUAAAUCUUAAGGAGCAAAAACGUAAAGAGUUGUACGCUAAGCAAGGUCGCGGCUCACAAUUCUCGUCGAAAGAAGAACGCGACAAGUGGAUCCAGGGAGAGCUGAAAUCGCUCAACAAGCAAAUCAAGGACAAGAUCUCGCACCAGAACAAGCUGCAGGACGACCUGAAGAAGGACAUCUCCAAACAAAGUGAGCUAGAGAAAAAGAUUCAAGAUCACACCGAAUCUUUCGAGCAGCUACGUGUGCAGAUAGAUGAGCAUAAUAAGAACUUUUACGAGCUGAAGAAAAAGAAGGAUCACUUCCAGAGCAUCCGCAAUGAUAUUUGGAAAAAAGAAACCGCCGUGACUCAGACGUUGUCGGGGUACAAGGAGGAACUCGCCAAGACGGACCAAGCGCUGCGUUCGAUGGCCGGUAAGCCGAUCCUGAACGGGCGCGACGCGGUACGCAAAGUCCUGGAGACCUUCCAGCAACGGGGCCGUGAGUUUGCGGACAUCGCGAACGCAUACUACGGGCCAGUGAUCGAGAACUUCAAUUGCGACAAGUCAAUCUACACCGCAGUCGAAGUGACGGCCGGCAACCGGUUAUUCCAUCACAUCGUCGAGUCGGACCGAGUUGGCACGCAAAUCCUGAAGGAAAUGAACAACCAGAAGUUGCCGGGCGACGUCACGUUCAUGCCGCUUAACCGCUUGCAGGUGAAAAUUCACGACUACCCCGAGGAUCCUGACUCGAUCCCGAUGAUAUCGAAGCUCAAGUACGAGGAGCGGUACGAUAAAGCGUUACGCUACAUUUUCGGUAAGACGCUCAUCUGCCGUAACCUGGAGCGGGCGACCGAGCUGGCGAAGAGUACCGGUCUCGAUUGUGUCACGCUCGAGGGUGACCAGGUGUCCUCGAAGGGGUCGCUUACCGGUGGUUAUUUCAAUACGUCCCGGUCGCGGCUCGAAAUGCAGAAGAAACGCUCCGAGUAUCUGCAGCUGAUCCAGGACCACGAGAAGGAGCUGUCCGACUUCCGGGGCGAGCUUAAGCAAACCGAAGCCAGUAUCAACUCAAUCGUGUCCGAAAUGCAAAAGACUGAGACGAAGCAGGGCAAGUCGAAGGAUGCAUUCGAGAAGAUUCAGGCUGACAUCCGGUUGAUGAAGGACGAGUUGUCGCGCAUCGAUCGUUUCCGCAGUCCGAAGGAGCGCUCGCUUGCGCAGUGUAAGGCGAAUUUAGAGGCAAUGAACAGCACAAAGGAGGGCCUCGAGAACGAACUGCAUCAGGAGCUGAUGUCGCAGUUGUCAGUGCAGGAUCAGCACGAAGUCGACUCGCUCAACGAUGAGAUCCGGCGAUUGAAUCAAGAGAACAAGGAGGCGUUCACGUCCCGUAUGAGCCUCGAAGUAACGAAAAACAAAUUGGAAAAUUUGCUGACGAACAAUUUGUUCCGACGUAAGGACGAGCUGGUGCAGGCGCUACAGGAAAUUUCCGUCGAGGAUCGCAAACGCCAGCUGAACAAUUGCCGGAAUGAGGUUGUGUCGACUGAGAAGCGCAUUCGCAAGGUGUUGACCGACACAGAGGAUGUUGAUCGGAAACUAAACGAAGCGAUGAAGCUCCAGAAGACCUUGCAGAAGGACCUCGAGACCUGGGUGCAGAAGGAGAAAGAAGCGCAAGAGAAGCUGGAGGAAGAUGGUAAGCGUAUGGAAAAGUGGGCUACAAAGGAAAAUAUGUUGCACCAAAAGAUCGAUGAGUGCACGGAGAAGAUUGCCGGACUUGGUGCGCUGCCUAACGUGGACACGAACUACCAAAAGAUGUCCCUCAAAGUGCUUUUCAAAGAGCUUGAAAAGGCCAACCAGCACCUAAAGAAGUACAACCACGUGAAUAAAAAAGCUCUGGACCAAUUUCUGAGCUUCUCGGAGCAGAAAGAAAAAUUGUACAAGCGCAAAGCGGAGCUAGACAUCGGCAAAGAUAAGAUCUGCGAGCUGAUGCAGCUACUCGAGGCACGCAAGGUCGAGGCGAUUCAGUUCACCUUCCGCCAGGUGGCGGCUAAUUUCUCUGAAGUUUUCAAAAAGCUAGUGCCCCAAGGCAACGGGCACCUAAUCCUGCGCACCACGACUGAUGCCGAGGGCAACGACAUGGAACGAGAGGUGGAGACAUCGGACGAGUUCACCGGGAUCGGCAUCCGGGUUUCGUUCACUCAGCUGGACGCGGAGAUGCGUGAAAUGAACCAGCUAUCCGGUGGUCAGAAAUCGCUCGUCGCACUGGCACUCAUCUUUGCGAUUCAGAAGUGCGAUCCGGCUCCGUUCUAUCUCUUCGACGAGAUUGAUCAAGCGCUUGACGCCCAGCACCGGAGCGCAGUGGCCGAUAUGAUCCACGAGCUAAGUGACCGGGCCCAGUUUAUCACCACCACAUUCCGACCGGAGCUGAUGGAAAAGGCGCACAAAUUCUACGGUGUGCGCUUCCGCAACAAGGUUAGUCACGUUGACUGCGUUACGAAGGACAUUGCUCGGGACUUUGUGGACGACGACACUACCCACGGCUAGACUGUUUUGCUCUCUUUUUGCUUUGUUUUCUUUUAUUUUUAUAUUCCUUUUUACCGCGAAAACUCGCUGACUUUCUAUGAUUUUAAUUUCCAGCACACCAUUAAUUCGAAUGCAACCUGUAGUCCGUAGCUAGUAUGCUGUUUUUUGGUCCAUCGGUUACAUUUUGUUAACCGUACACCGUAUUAGGAAGUUAACUAGCCGAAAGCGUUGGUUUCGAAUUUAAAUCUCGAC